UUUAACUAUUUAAGUCUUAUAUGAUUUUGGACAAUACUCACCGUAUCUAACUAACUUUUAGUUUCAAACAGUCCAACUACUCCACAUAUAUAAAGACAUUUCAACCUUUUUUAUGAAAUUGAAAACCCUAACACCUCAAUUAUUACUAUCUCUUUUCUAAAUUAUGACUCGCCGGUUUAGAUUUCUGCUAACUUCUAACUCCUCCUCCACUUCGCCGGCGGCGGAAGAAGCGGAGCCACCGUCAGCCACGGCAGCGGAGUCCGACUUCAUUGUUAUACUUGCUGCUUUACUCUGUGCAGUAAUCUGUGUUUCUGGACUCAUCGUAGUAGCUCGUUGUACUUGGCUCCGGCGGGACCCGCCGGAAAAUCCACCGCCGGUGAAGAAUAAAGGAUUGAAGAAGAAAGUUCUCAAGUAUUUGCCGAAAUUCAAGUAUGAUCCGUCGAGCGGUGAGCUGCCGUUUGCGGCGGAGUGCGCGAUUUGUCUGGUGGAGUACGUAGAGGGAGAUGAAAUUCGAGUAUUGCCGAAUUGUGGCCAUCGGUUUCACCUCCAGUGUGUGGACACGUGGCUUUUGACGAACUCGUCGUGCCCUUCCUGCCGGCAGAUUCUCGUAGUUGCUCGUGCUCGGUGCCGGAAGUGCGGCGAAGUUCCUGCAAUUUCCGGCGAAUCCUCCGACGGAGGUCAAAUUUUAACGCCGGUGUAGUCUACAACUUACGGUAAACGAGGUUAAUAUGAAAAAGUCGCCGGCCGGAGCAUCGUGGUAAGUGUAAAUUGGUAACGGUGUUGUUGUUUUCCGGUGAUGGAAAUGGGCCCCGCAUGAGGUCGAGGGAUAAGGCAUACUUUCCUUGUGAUUAUGAUGGGAGUGUUAGAAAGUGACAAAAAUGAAAUUAUGGCUGUUGGAGGGGAACGAAGAAUAUUGAGUUUUUUUUUUUUUCUAAUUUAGAAAAAAAAAAUCAUUUUCAUUUUUGUUUAUGUAUCUAUUUUUUUUUUUAUUUUAGUAUAAAAUGAAAAUGACUAAAAAAAAUAUUUUUUAGUCUAAUGUUGCUGAUUCGAUAAAUAUUUGCGAUCUUCAAUAAUAGUUAUUAGAGGAUGAUGUUGUAUAUAAGUCUAGUGGAAUGACUUAUAAUACGCGAUAUAAAAUUUACUAAAUAAAUAAG